AGAGACAUGGAUCACAUGCUGCUGCUGAUGAUGCUACUGCUCUGUAGCUCAGGACUCCAGGCUGAAGGAGAACACAACUCAACAGGACUCCAGGCUGAAGGAGAACACAACUCAACAGAGCCUGGUGUUAGGCUGGUGGGAGGAGAGAGUCGCUGUGCAGGAGACCUGGAGCUGGAACAUGAGGGAGAAUGGAGACCAGUGUACUAUGACUCUCCCUGGACCCUGAAGGCAGCAGGAGUCGCCUGCAGAGAUCUCGACUGUGGCUCUGCUGUUUCUGUGGGAGAGAGAGAGGAGUCCUCAGAGAGAUCUGUGUGGAGGAUCAGACCUGACUGUGUUCAGUCUGGAUCUGCUCUGAGGGAGUGUGCAGCAUCAACUUCCUCUUCCUCCUUCCUGAAUCUCACCUGCUCAGGUAAGCCCAUCAGGGACAUUGUUUAUGACAUCAUGUCCUCUGUCUCUUUGUUA